ACCCACGCACCUCGCGCGGCACGCGACGCCGUAACCUCGGAACCGGAUCCCCGGCCGAGAUCCUGGCGUGACCGUGCCUUUGAAGGCGCGUCUUAGACGACGGAAGGGCACGCGCCCGGAUCCUCGUGUUUUUCCCAACCCCUCGCGCGACCUGGAGAGGGCUGAGGGACGGGAUCGGCGGGUGGGGUGAAGAGGCGUGAGAAGAUCAGAGCUCGCGAACCAUGGCGGCCAUGGUUGGAGGCGCCGCGCUGAAGACGGUGAUGUCGACGGCGGUCAACAGCCAAAUCAGGGGAUACAAGGAGAGGCGAGCCGAGGCCAAGUCUCAGGUUGACUGGGAGGAUUAUAACUAUCCCCCCUACCUCAGGGUUCUGCACUACAACCUCGACGACGUGGAGGACGCGAACGCCAAGUUCGCGGUGCGCAUCGCGAACAUCAACUAUCUGAUGGCGUGCUCCACCUUCUGCGUGAACUGCUUCGGCACCUUCGUGCUGGCUUGUGGGGGUCUGAAGCUGAAGGGGGUGCACCUGAUCUACGCCAUCUUCAACCUGAUCAUAUACAGCAUCGUCGGCAUGUACGCGUUCUACAAGGCGUACAAGGGCCUGGCGACGAAGAACGGGCGGCUGACGGACUAUUACCUCGGCCUGCAGGUGCUCUUCAUCAUCUUUUUCCUCGUCGCGUCCAUCGUCAGCGGCGCCAACUACUACGGCUGGACCAACGUGAAGCGCGCGAGCGACAGCGACAAGCUGAGCGGGUUCUGGGUGUUCUGGACCUUCUUCGAGUCCGCACUCUGGACGAUCGACUACCUCGUGGGUGGGUGGGCGCUGUACCUGGUGGCGAAGAACAAGACCGACAAGAUAGGCGGUCUGCUCGGGUUCUGACGAGCGGGCGGGUCCGGCGCGAGGUUUCACGCAAGAAGAAAGUUUUACGCGACUUUUAACUCUCAUAGCUAAGACACG